AUGAAAUACGAAGAAUAUUUACUGAUCCACAGAUUCUUCGGCGUCGCCGGCAUCACCAGAUACACCGCUUGCGACGCGCAAAUGCGAUCACAUCUGAGUACGGAAGCGGAAAUCCAUCACCUACAACUCUGUAUAGCACAUACAAUCCGAACCUGGAUGACUCAGAAUCGGAUUCGUGGACCGCCGAGUAUGAGCGAUCACAACAUAUCAAGCUUCCUAAUUGAGGUAAUUUCUGUUGACCUCAUGACGUUCGAUGAUAAGAACAGUCCUAUUUUAUCAUUCUCCGUUUUGGACUCCAGGAAGGCGCAACCUUGUACUUAUUCGUAG